AUGACAGAGAGUCCAGAACUCUUUGCUGAAGUCUACACCCAGUGCCUGCGAGAGGGCUCUUUCCCUGCAAGGUGGAAAGGCGGCUCGAAGAAAUACUGCCUCGUCGUCACGCUAGACGUAAAAAAUGCUUUCAACACGGCGGACAGGGGGCGUAUUCUGGAUGCCCUUCAGUCGUUCAGCGAUCCUGCCUACCUGCGGGCCAUCGUGUGGAGCUACUUUCACGGCAGGCGAUUUGUGUAUAGUUGGAUGAGCUCCGUGGGCCUGAGCCUGGCAGCCCAAAAAACCGAAGCGGUGCUGAUUAGUAGCCGAAAGAUUGUAGAGACCGCCACAAUCCUAAUCGACGGAAACACGGUGCAAUCAAAGCGUGCGAUUCGCUACCUCGGAGUAUGGAUCGACACCCGCCUCAGCUUUAGGGUGCACUUGGCGUAUGUAAACGAAAAGGCAUCCGCGAGCGUCCGUGACCUCUCAAGGAUCAUGCCGAACACGAGGGGUCCCAAGCAGGAAUCCAGGAAGCUGCUAAUGACAGCGAAGGAGGCGGAAAUUAUAUCAGCUACAGAGCGUGGAUCUCUGGCCAGAGACGCAAGCAUCGACCUGUGGCAGGCUAGAUGGGAUGCGUCGGAUAAAGGCGGGUGGACCCACAGAUUAAUCCCGAACAUAAAGAAGUGGACAGAGAGGACACGUUUUGGGCACGAUAGCUCUCAAUGCUGUCCGGUCUGCCCCGGCGAAAUAGUGGAAGACGCGCAACACAUCCUGUUCGUGUGCAGACGCUUUGACCACGGCAGGAGGGCGCUUGAACUGGAGGCAAACGUGGAAAUAUGCUCCGAAAACCUUGUGGAUCUGAUGAUGGCGAGAAAGAGCAUGUGGGAGGCGGUGAACAGUUUCGCCGCGUCACCAAUCCGCGAGCUGCGCUUAGCCGAGCAUGGCAGGGCUGGACCUGGAAUGGCAUAG